UUUGCACGACACGACAAAAGACCGCAACCGGCGCAAGCUAUAUAUUUGUAAACAACACGAGUAUGAGGGGAAGGUGACAAGGAAUUCGACUAGCUUCCACUGAAAACAUGCAAGAAACGGAAGACCAAGGCACUGACGAGGGAGGAGCGAAUUGGUUUUCUGGCUGGUUCAGUUGGUGUCCAACCUCUGAGAAAUUGCUGGAAAUCGCCGAGUCUCAAAUAUUAGAAAAAACUCGAUCGGCUUAUGAAAGUGAAUUUGUGCCUUUGGGAAAUGGACACAGGAUAUGGACGUUAAGAUUCAAUCCAAGGGCUCAGAGAGUGCCGCUAGUCUUGAUUCAUGGGUUUGGAGGAGGUGUGGGUCUGUGGGCGAUGAAUGUCGACACCCUUUCUCAGAAUAGGACUGUGUAUGCUUUCGACAUGUUGGGAUUUGGCCGCAGCUCGCGACCACAGCUAAGCACAGAUCCAGGCGAAGCCGAAGAGCAGUUUGUGGACUCCAUUGAGAAAUGGCGGGAACAGAUCGGACUGGACAAAUUUGUUCUCUUAGGUCACAGCCUUGGUGGCUUCUUAGCAAGUUCCUAUGCCCUCAAGUACCCCUCCAGAAUCCAGCAUCUGAUUCUAGCUGAUCCUUGGGGAUUCCCUGUUAAACCCACUGAAGAUAAUAUAAAUAGACAUAUUCCAGUGUGGGUUAAGUUUUUAGGAGCUGUUUUAAGCCCUUUUAAUCCACUGGCAGGAUUGCGUGCCGCUGGUCCUUGGGGUCCUUCACUGGUGCGCCAAUUCAGGCCUGACUUUCAAAGAAAGUUUUCCAGUAUGCUUUCAGAUGAUACUAUUUUUAACUACAUUUACCAUUGCAAUGCCCAAGUACCAAGGUAAGGUGCCAUACAUGGGGACUUCCUCAUUUGAAACACUUUGUAGUAUUAUUUUAUGUUCAAUUCGGGGUUGUAUCUCAGGUAGUUAUAUUGUGGUAACUUGUUUAAA